CUUGCCUCUCCUGCACCCUCCUUCACGAUGUCCCCCUUGCUGCGCCCCUUGCUGCUUCUCCUGCUGGUGGACAUGGUGUCCCUGGGCCUAUCCCAGCGGUGGGCCCUGCCCUCCCUGUGGGGCCCGCUGCUGUCUUUGUGGGGCCUGGCUCUUGUGCGGGGCCUGGGUCUGACCCUGGGGGCGAUGCUCCUUCGGCCAGGCCUGCCCCCUGGUCUGGCCUCUGCCCUGCUGCCCUCGGCCGCUCUGCUGGCCCUGCUGCCCCCCUGCUGCGCCACCCUGCAGUCCUUGUCCUUCCCCAUGGGGGGUGCCCCAUGGCUGGCCUUCUCCUGGGGCAGAGUGGACGUCCUUGCCCUGCACUACGGGGCCGUGGUGGCCGUGGCCCUCCUCUGGCACCACCUGAAGGGGCCGACACAGAACGGAGGAGACCAGGAGAAGAAGGAGGGAGCCCCUUCGGCCUCCUUGGGGCGCCUGGUGAGCAGCAUGAGGCCAGAGGCACUGCGGUUCGUGGCCAUCGCCGGGCUCCUGGUGGCCUCUUCCCUAGGGGAGAUGGCCAUCCCGUAUUACACGGGACGAGUGACUGACUGGAUCGUGACUGAGGCCGGGACUCCUGCCUUCCAGAAAGCCCUCUGGAUGAUGACUGUCCUCACGGUGGGCAGUGCCGUGACGGAGUUUGUCUGCGACUACCUCUACAACACCACCAUGAACCAGUUCCACACCCGCCUCCAGAGCACGGUCUUCGCCUCCAUCCUGCGUCAAGAGAUCAGCUUCUUCCGGGCCAGUCGGACAGGGGACAUCACUUCCCGAGUGACAUCCGACACGGACGCCAUGAGUGAGGCGCUGAACCAUGAUAUGAGCUUGCUGAUGUGGUACCUGAUGCGGGGGGUCUUCCUCUACGGCAUGAUGCUCUGGCUCUCGGUACCCUUGGCUCUCUUUGCCACUGUGGCCUUGCCUUUCAUCCUCUUGCUGCCAAAGCUCACGGGGAAAUUUCACCAGCGCUUGGCACGGGAGGUCCAGGAGUCUCUGGCAAAAGCCAACGAGGUGGCCGUGGAGAACUUCGAGUCCAUCUUGACUGUCCGCAGCUUUGCAAACGAGGAUGGUGCGGCUCGAAGCUAUGAGGAGAAGCUUCAGGAGACCUUCAAGCUCAGCAAGAAGGAGGCUGGGGCCUACGCGGUCAACAUGUGGACCAGCAAUCUCUUAGAACUGGCCCUCAAAGCUGGCAUCCUGUAUUAUGGUGGCCAGCUCGUCACGCUGGGACGAGUGACCAGUGGCAAACUUGUCACCUUUCUUCUGUAUGAGAUGGAGUUCUCCUCAUCAGUGCGGGUCCUCCUCUUUUCUUACCCCAAAGUCCAAAAGGCCAUUGGUUCCUCGGAGAAGGUCUUCGAAUACAUCGACCGUAUGCCCAAGAUCAGCCCCUCCGGCACCUUGGCUCCCAAAGAUUUGCAGGGACACGUACUGCUGAAGGAGGUGUCUUUCUCCUAUCCUGACCGGGACAAUUCUCUUGUCUUGAAGGGGGUGUCCCUGGAGCUGCAUCCUGGGACGGUGACUGCCCUGGUGGGCCCGUCGGGGUCUGGGAAGAGCACCAUUGUGGCCCUCUUGGAACGGUUCUAUGAGCCCCAGAAAGGUCAAGUGUUGCUGGACGGCAGAAACCUGAGCGAAUAUGAGCAUCACUUCCUGCAUCAAAAGGUAGCCCUGGUGAGCCAGAGCCCGGUGCUUUUUGCUCGGUCAUUACAUGGGAACAUUGCUUAUGGCUUGAGUGAGAAGAGCCAGGAGGAAGUGGCACAGGUAGCCCGCCGAGUGGGAGCCCACCGGUUUGUUACCCGACUGAGCCAUGGCUAUGAAACAGAUGCUGGGCAAACAGGGGGCCAGAUCUCUGGAGGGCAGCGGCAGGGGGUCGCUCUCGCCCGAGCCUUGAUCCGAGACCCCAGAGUGCUGAUCCUGGAUGAUGCCACCAGUGCCCUGGACACGGAGAGCCAGAGGGAGGUGGAGAGGGAGAUCUACGAAGGGGAGGCUCGUGGGAGGCGCUCCGUGCUGCUCAUCUCUCACCGCCUGCACAGCGUGGAACGUGCGGAUCUCAUCCUGGUCCUGGAGGAGGGGGAGAUCAAGGAGAAGGGGACCCACCAGGAACUCAUGGAGAGGAAGGGGACCUAUUGGCAGCUGGUGCAGAGGCAGCAGAAUGGGGCCGAAGGGGGAGGGAACAACGGCUCCCACCAAGUGGGCAAUGGACCUCUCUGAGGGUUGAAGAAACAGUUAGACAUCUUGGCUAAGGCUCCAGAAUCUCACCUAUUGAAGUGGGGUUAAAUAUUGUACCACUGUUCCCAGAAUUCCUCAGUUGGAAGGGCCACAAACCUUACUGGUUAGGGCAGUGGUUCUCAACCUGUGGGUCUCCAGGUGUUUUGGCCUACAACUCCCAAAAAUCCCAGCCAGUUUACCAGCUGGGAGUUGAAGGUCAAAACAUCUUGAGACCCACAGGUUGAGAACCUCUGGGUGAGGGGAUUCUGGGAGCUGCAGGUCUUAUUUAUUUUAACGACAUUGAAGCUCCAGGAAUGGUGGACAACCCUGCUUCUUCUCUAGUCCUUGAGUAAGGUCUAACAUACCAGUCCACCUGGCUCCUGUAGGCAGAUAUUUGCCGUGGGACAUUUUUGGUGGAAUAGAAAACCAUGGGUAGUUCACAUUGCCACCAAUCCACACACUGACUUGCCAGAGGAAAAGUAUGCCACGCAGAUGACCAGUAAAGAAUAAGGAGCUUACUUAUAGAAUCAUAGAAUCAAAGAGUUGGAAGAGACCUCAUGGGCCAUCCAGUCCAACCCCCUGCCAAGAAGCAGGAAUAUCUUUGUAAUGCAGAGCAAUAUAUAUACAAUUAUGAGAAAAAAAUGCAUUGACUCACACAAUGCCCUUUUAGAGAAAUUCAAAUGGUCCAUAGGUGUACAUGUGAGAGUUCUUCUUCCAGCAGCCAAGAAGCAAAAAUACAAAUUGACUGUCUCUGUCCCUGCACAGCUCCUGCAUAGAAAACUUAAACAUGUUACUGUUGCCAAAACUCCUAGUCUCAGCUAGCAUCUGGGUGUGGCCCAACCAAUUAGCUUAAUGCUUUGUAUUUUUCAGUUAACACACUCACAAACUGAUUUUUUACAUGCCCCAACAGCAUUGCCUUUGACUGCAAGAUGCCUCCUACUUACUGGAGUUGUGACUCUUAGGCCCUAU